AUGGAGCCUGGAAUAUCAUUUACCUCCUUUCUGAUUAGCCACUGGCUAAUCUUCAUUCUCUGUGCUGCUCUUCUAAGCACUAUCUACCGCCGACUCACAAACCCUCUGUCUCAUAUUCCCGGACCCGAGAUAUCGAAAUGGACAGGAGCCAUUUGGACAUACAACUGGUUAAAUGGGAAGAUACCAAUAUACGUCCACCAGCUUCAUGAAAAAUAUGGCCCUAUUGUACGAAUCAGCCCAGAUCAAAUCGAUGUAUGCGACACAAGUGCCGUCAAGGAGAUCCACAAAACCAAUAGCCGAUUUAACAAAACUGUCUUCUAUCGCCAACUGGUCACGGGCAAUGUGCAAAGCAUGUUUUCAACCAACGAUAGACAGUUUCAUGCCCUCCACCGGCGUCUCUUGGCAUCACCUAUCUCCGACUCUUCGCUGACUCGACUGGAGCCACUGAUCGUGAAUAAUGUUCGACUAGCUGUCAACAAAAUCAAAAUGGAUUUGACGGACAGUGGUGCUACUGAUGUGUUCAAAUGGUGGCUGUUUAUGGCCACAGACAUUAUCGGUGAACUCACAUUUGGAGAGUCAUUUCGAAUGCUUGAGACCGGCAAGAAAAACCAAUACAUCCUUGACAUGGAAAGGCUGAUAUCACUACAAGCCAUUAGAAUAACAUUCCCAUUUUUAGUGAAGAUUGCAAGAUACGGUCCAAUAACGGUGAUGAGGAACGCAGCGGAAGCACAGAUUGGACUCAAGAUGUAUGCCAUGCAGUCUAUUGAGCGCUACAAGAAAAUCGUCUCCCAAAACCCAUCCGACCCAAAGCCAACUCUGUUCACAAAACUCUUUGAUGAAAAGAGUGGCCUGUCGGACUCAGAUAUUAUACAAGAGGCCCAGGGAUACAUUGUUGCAGGAAGUGACACUACAGCUGUUACAAUGACCUAUCUUACAUACUCCGUCUGUCGAGACAGCCGAGUGAGAGAGAAGCUUGUUGCCGAGUUGGCUACUAUUCCUGAGCCUGUCACGGAUAAAGCCCUCAGAGAUCUACCAUACCUCAAUAAGAUCAUCAACGAGACUUUGCGGUUGUAUACGGCUGUUCCGUUUGGUUUGCCUCGACUAGUACCACCAGAAGGUGCUCAGUUCAACGGAUAUAAUGUGCCAGGAGGAAUCACGGUCUCAACACAGGCUUAUAGUCUCCAUCGAGACCCUGCUAUCUUUCCAGAUCCAGAUAAUUUCAUACCCGAAAGAUGGGAAAAUCCCACGAAAGAGAUGAGGGAUGCUUCUUUACCAUUUGGUGGUGGAUCAAGGAUCUGUUUGGGUAUGCACCUAGCUCGAAUGGAGCUCCGCCUAGCCACAGCGCUUUUCUUCCGAGCCUUGCCCAAUGCUCGACCUUCCACGAAGGAAGGAAUGACAGCCGACGACAUGGAAAUGCAAUCAUUCUUUUUAAUGGCGCCACAAGGGCAUCGUUGUAUAAUCGAAACAUGA